AUGUAUAAAUUUAUUUUCAUUAUAUUAUCCUGCUUUCAUUUCACUUACGGAGGUAACUUGGUAGAAGUGUUACAAGAACAAAAACUUACGACUUUAAUUUCACUGGUUCAACAAGCCGGGCUGGCUGAUGCACUGCUAGGAGGAACAUUCACAGUUUUCGCUCCUACAAAUCGAGCAUUUGAGAAACUUCCACCAACGACAUUAGCUUACCUUUCGAGUAAUACGCAGGCGCUGGCGGAUGUUCUCAAGUACCACGUGGUGCCUGGAUCCGUGAAGAAAUCAGCCGCCUCCAAUGAGUUACAAAUACCAAGUCUUGCCGGCACAUCUAUCAGAUUUAACAUUUAUCCAUUCAAUAACUUGACGGUGACUGUUGAUGGUGUACGAAUUUCAAGCUUUGACAUAUUAGCAUCCAAUGGCGUAGUACAUAUCAUUGAUGCCGUGAUGAUUCCUCCUGAUGGUGACAUUGUAAAUCUCCUGAACGACCACGUUAAUUUUACUACACUUGUCUCCAAAGUCUUAGACACGGGACUUGCUGCUGCACUUAAAGGAAAUAACUUGACAGUUUUUGCUCCAACAAACGCUGCUUUUGCCAGGCUCGGGGCAUCAGCUAUACAAAAAUUGGAAAAUGAUCCUACUAUGCUUACAGAGGUCCUUUUAUAUCACGUGGUUCCACAUACGGUAUUUUCAGCUGGAUUGUUUAAUAAGGAGAGGCUACGAUCACUUGAUACCAACGGAGACACGAUACAAGUCUCCUUUUCAAGUGACAAAGUAUACCUUAAUCUUUACUCUCGUGUGACGGAAGUUGACAUUUCAGCAACCAAUGGAGCGAUCCAUGUCAUAGAUCACGUGUUAGUGCCUGAUCGCUAUUAUUUAAAUCUUGUUGUAGGAUAGAUACAUGUUAUACAUAAUUCUUUACGUUCAUUCCACUGCAUUGUACAUAAGCUGAACACUAAUUCAUAAAAUAUAUAUAUGUACCAUU